GCCGCGGUUACGCUGUCGCGCAUCGGCCAGACCCUAGUGUUCCAGGCCAUGUGGAAGUUGCUCCCAGCUGCGGGCCCUGCCCGAGGUUCUCCGUGGUUGGGACCAACUCCUCUGGCGGGACUAGCUCUGACCUGGGCUUAAAUGGUCUUCCGGAUUGAGUCUUGGCCGGGUAUAUGUUACGACAUCUAGCGUUUUAAGCUUUUGAGGAAACAUCCAGAAUAAGUUAACAGUCUGGAAGACUCUAUGACUCUGUCUUGAGCGCAUUGUGAGGAGCCACGGAGAUGACUUGUGUAAAUGGCAGCUACAGGAAAGCAUAAUUUUGGUUUCGUUUCGGAGCCUUUUACCGUUUUGUCAUCACAACAACUGAAAAAAUUUUUUUCUGCAUUUCUAGCAGCGGAAAAUGAACCAUACAGACUUUUGGCUGGUGUUGAGUACAUUGUUGGAAGGAAAAACUGUGGCAUUCUAAUUGAAGAUGAUCAGUCAAUCAGCCGAAAUCAUGCUGUAUUAACUGUUAACUUUUCUGUAACUAACCUGAGUCAAACAGAUGAAAUCCCUAUAUUGACAAUAAAAGAUAAUUCUAAGUAUGGUACCUUUGUUAAUGAGGAAAAAAUGCAGAAUGGCCUUUCCCGAAUUUUGAAGACAGGGGAUAGAGUUACCUUUGGAGUGUUUGAAAGUAAAUUUAGAGUAGAGUAUGAACCUUUGGUUGCGUGCUCUUCUUGUUUAGAUGUCUCUGGGAAAACUGCUUUAAGUCAAGCUGUAUUGCAACUUGGAGGACUUACUGUAAACAAUUGGACAGAGGAAUGUACUCACCUUGUCAUGACAUCAGUUAAAGUUACCAUUAAAACAAUAUGUGCACUCAUUUGUGGGCGUCCGAUUGUAAAACCAGAAUAUUUUACUGAAUUUCUUAAAACAGUUCAGUCCAAGAAACAGCCUCCAGAAAUUGAAAGUUUUUACCCACCUAUUGAUGAACCAGUUAUUGGAAGUAAAAAUAUUGAUCUGUCAGAACGACAGGAAAGAAAACAAAUCUUCAAAGGGAAAACAUUUGUCUUUCUAAAUGCCAAACAGCAUAAAAAAUUAAGUGCAGCAGUUGUAUUUGGAGGAGGAGAUGCUAGGUUGAUAACAGAAGACAAUGAAGAAGAUAGUUUCUUUUCAGCUCCUGGAACUUGUGUUGUUGAUGUAGGAAUAACAGAUUCACAGACCUUAAUUCCUGACUCUCAGAAAAAACGGAUUCAUUCAAUUAUGGAUAUACUCCAGAGGCAAGGUCUUAGACCUAUUCCUGAAGCAGAAAUUGGAUUGGCAGUUAUUUUCAUUACUACAGAGAAUUACUGUGAUCCUCAGGGCCAGCCCAGUACAGGAUUGAAGACAACAACUCCAGGUCCAAGCCUUUCCCAAGUCUUACCAGCCAAUGAAAACUUAAUGCCAGGUGCCCCAGUGAAUACUACAACAUACGUAGCUGAUACACAAUCAGAGCAAGGAAAUAAAUGUAUGAAUUUGAGUGAAAGGCCAAAAGAAAUCAAAAUCUUCGGAAUGGAACAAAAGUUCAGAAUACCUUCACAAGAAACAUCCACUGUGAAGGAACCCCACAAAGUAAACUCUAGUAAUAAUAAUAUAGUAUCAAAUACUCUUGUUAGUAUGAAAAUCCCAAAAUGUCAGCUUUCACCAACUAAAUUCCCAGGUGUAAAUAAAAGUGGAGAUUGGGCUUCUCAGCAUCAGCAAACCAACUCCAUCAAAAACUACUUUCAGCCAUCUACCAAAAAAAGGGAAAGGGAUGAAGAAAAUCAAGAAAUGUCUUUAUCUAAAUCAGCAAGAAUAGAAAUGUCUUGUUCUCUUUUAGAACAAACACAGCCUACUACAUCCUCAGUAUGGAACAAUAAGGAGCAGCAGAAUGAGCCUGUGGAAAGAAACCCAGAUAACUCGCAUGCAGAUAUAGAUUUAAAAUCCACUGUGAAAAAUUCUGCCAAUAAAUCUCUCUCUACAGAAAAACUAAGAUCAGAAAAAAGAAAAGAAAUUGAUGAUUUAGCCAUAGAAAAUGAAGUAUUGGAACAGUUAUUGAAGAACGCAAAACCAGAGUUAGAAAUUGAAGUGAAAGUUCAAAAACAAGAGGAAGAUGUCAAUAUUAGAAAAAGGCCAAGAUUGGAUAUAGAAACAAAUGGCCCUUGUAAUGAUGAAGCAAUACCAGAAAGUAACAAAAUCUCUAACAAUGAUGAACUUCAGGGUGAUGGUGAGAUGCUUCCAAAGACGGUGUUACUGACUGAAUUUAGGUCACUGGUGGUUCGUAACUCUACUUCCAGAAAUGCAUCCAGUGUAAAUAAUGAUUAUGGUGAACUAAAGAAUUUCAAGAAAUUCAAAAAGGUCAAAUUUCCUGGAGCAGGAAAACUUCCACACAUCAUUGGAGGAUCAGAUCUAAUAGCUCAUCAUACCCGAAAGACUACAGAAUUAGAGGAGUGGUUGAGGCAGGAAAUGGAGGUGCAAAAUCAACAUGCAAAAGAAGAAUCUCUUGCCGAUGAACUCUUUAGAUACAAUCCUAAUGUAAAAAGGAGAAGAUAACAGGGUUUUAUGAAGAAGCCAUGGAAAAACAUUUCCUAUCAAUAUGCAGGCCUCUCACUAUUGCGGCGUCUCCCGUUGCAGAGCACAGGCUCCAGACGCACAGGCUCAGUGGCCAUGGCUCACGGGCCCAGCCGCUCCACGGCAUGUGGGAUCCUUCCGGACUGGGGCACGAACCCGUGUCCCCUGCAUUGGCAGGUGGACUCUAAACCACUGCGCCACCAGGGAAGCCCCUCCUUUCCCCAUUUUAUAUUCAUGGAUCCUUUGUCAAAAAUUAAUUGACUGUAAAUGCAUGGCUUUAAAUCUGGGCUCUCUUAUGUUUGAUUGAUCUAUGUGUACUUUUAUGCCAAUACUGUACUGUUUUGAUUGAUAUAGCUUUGUAAUAUACUUUGAAAUCAGGAAGUGUUAUGCCUCUAGCUUUGCUCCUCUUCUUUCUAAAGACUCCUUUGAAUUUUUAAGUUUUUUGUGGUUCCAUACAAAUUUUACAAUUAUUCUAUUUUUGUGAAAAAUGCCACUGGAAUUUUGAUAAGGAUUUCACUGAAUCUGUACACUGCUUUGUGUAGGAUGGAUAUUUUAACAAUAUCAACUAUUUCAGUCCCUGAGCUGGCUUAAUUAAUGCUGGCUUCAUAAAACGAGGUUGGAAGCGUUCCCUUCUCUUCAGAUUUUUGGACUCACUUGAGAAGGAUGGGUAUUAACUACUCCUUAAAUGUUUUGUAGAAUUCACCAGUUAAGACAUUUAGUCCUGGACUUUUCUUUGUUGGGAGAUUUUUGAUUAUUGAUUCAAUCUCCUUAGUAUUAAUUGUAAUUGUUUAUCACAGCAGGGUAUUGAAAUCCCCUACUGUUAUUGUAUUGCUGUCUCUUUCUUCAAAUCUGUUAAUAUUUGCUUACAUAUUUAGGUGCUACUAUGUUGGGUGCAUAAAUAUUUAUGUUUGCUAUAUCCUCUUGUUGGAUUGACCCUUAAUAUUAUAUAAUGACCUUCUUUGUCUUGUAUUAUACUCGGGAUAGAAGUCUAUUUUGUCUGACAAAAGCAUAGCUACUUCUGCUUUCUUUUCAUUUUUAUUUACAUGGAAUAUCUUUUUCCAUCUCUUCACUUUCAGUCUGUGUGUAUCCUUAAAGCUAAUGUGAGUCUCUUGUAGGCAGCAUAUAAUUUGGUUUGUUUGUUUAUCCAUUUGGCCAUUUUACGUCUUUUGAUUGGAGAAUUUAGUCCAUUUACAUUUAAAGUAGCUAUUGAUAGUGUGAACUUACUAUUGCCAUUUUGUUGUUUUCUGACUAAUUAAUUUCUGUAAAUUGUUUUCCAGUUCACUUGUUCCUUCUUAUCUUGUUCUCUUCCUUUGUUUUUUUGUUUUUGUUUUUUGUGUUUUUUUGCGGUAUGUGGGCCUCUUACUGUUGUGGCCUCUCCCGUUGCGGAGCACAGGCUCCAGACGCGCAGGCUCAGCGGCCAUGGCUCACGGGCCCAGCCACUCUGCGGCAUGUGGGAUCUUCCCGGACCGGGGCACGAACCCGUGUCCCCUGCAUCGGCAGGCGGACUCUCAACCACUGCGCCACCAGGGAAGCUCUGUUCUCUUCCUUUUUGAUUUGAUGAUAUUCUGUAGUGGUAUGUUUAGAUUCCUUUAUCUUUUGUGUAUGUACUAUAGGUUUUUGCUUUGUGGUUUCCAUGAGGCUUACAUAAAACAUCUUAUAGUUAUAACAGUCUAUUUUAAACUGAUAACAACUUUGAAUGCAUACUAAGCUCUGCAGUUUUACUCUUCCCACCCCCAUGUUUUAUGUUUUUGAUGUCACAAUUUACAUCUUUUUACCUUAUGUAACCAUUAAUAAAUUAUUGUAGCUAUAAUUAUUUUUUCUACU